AUGAUAUUUUGUUGUACUAGCAAAACAAGACGUGUUGCUGAAGAAGAUGAAAUCAGAAAAGCUAUCAGUAAAACAACAUUCUCUCUUUAAGAAGUUACCGAACUGCGAUAGAGGUUCUACCGCAUGUCAAAAAAUACAGGCAAGCUAAGGAAAGAAUAGUUUAGGGAACAUAUGGGUGUACUUGGUUUAGACACUGUAUUUUUUUUGAGUGAUAGAAUAUUUACAAUGCUUGAUAGUGAUGGAGAUGGAUAAAUCAACUUCUAAGAUUUUAUCAAUUACUUUGAUAUUAUAACACAUGGAAAUUAAGAACAAAAAGCCUAAAUUGCAUUCAACUACAUAGACACAACGAAUUAAGGGUCUUUCGAUUUAAAUGAUUUAAAAAAAAUGAUCGGAGGUAUCAUUAAUAGUUAUUGUGCAGUUACUGGAGCUCAUUUUAAUGAAGAAUAGUAGCGUAGAACUGACCAAUAUAUCAUCAGUAUAUUUGAUCAAAUGAGCACAUAAAAAAACGGAAGAGUCACUUUUACUGAAUACUUACAGGCUAUAAGAAAGAAUCCAAAUAUUCUAGAGAUAUUUGAGUUUCUUAACAAAGGUAUAUAGGAAACAAUUAAGGAUGAUAAAAGUAAAGAAAUAUAAAUUUCAAAGAUGGUUUUGCAGGUCGAAAACUAAAUAGAUUAAGUUAUAGGCAGCUUAGCAGGAGAAAAGGAAGACUCAGUACCUCAAAAUGCAUUUCCUCAUUAAUAAAAAACUAUCAGUUUUAAAAGAAGUUCAAUUAGAAACAUAAAUAAACUACCUUCUGACAAUGAUAUAGAACCAACAAAAUUAUUUCCUCUACUUACCUAACCUAAUAUUGUUAUUGAAGAACAAAUUAAACGCAAAGAUAAAAGUCAAUCAAGUAAAACUUAAAUAAUUGAAACUAUAGGCAUGAAUAUGAAUAGUCAAAAAAACAAUCAUGAAGUUAAUGAUUCUAAAAAAAUUACCUUUAUGAAUAAUUCAAAUUUGACUUUUAGGUUUAAAUCUUAGCCAGAAUUGCCAAACAGUACUGUGAAGGAAGAAGAUGAACGAUAAAAUGAAGCCAGUACUAUAAACGAUGCUAAUAAACCACCUACAUCUAGACGCUAUGGAGCAGAAUGCUUAAAAGUAACAUUUGUAAAGCCAGUAUCUAAAUACCAGAAUAACUCAGGUGAUGUUCAAGAUAAUUGUGAUAUUUCAGAUUUUACAGAUGAUGAAAUUCGUGGUGAAAAUAUGGAGGGAAUUAAUGAAGGAAACGAUUAAAUGGAUGAUGGCUACAUUAACUAGAAUAAAAAAUAUGUAAAUAGCAGAUAUAAAAAUAGUUUUUUGUCAAAAAAUUCACCAAAUUAUUCUACAUAAUAAUUGGUAUCACCAUAAGCAAUCAUUUAAAAUGAUAUAAAAGAUCAAUAAGGAAUAGGUCAAAUUUUAAAGGAUAACAACAAAAAUUAGUAAUACAAAAAUACAUCAAGUACUUAUAAUUAAAAUGGAAAGACUCCAGCUUUAUCUGAUUAAAAUAUGUUAAAUUAAUAAAGUUCUUAAAAGAAUAUUUUACUCUUUGGUGGAGUUUAUCCUAUUUAAACAAAUAUUCCAUAAGGCAAUAAAAGCAUUUUUCAAUAAUCCCUAAACUCUAAAGGAUAAAUUAUUGAUCAUAGCUAGCAGUAUAUUGAAGGAGCAUUAUAAUAUAUAUCAUAAAAUGCCGAAUAAGUACCUAUAAUUUCAUUUUAAAGUGCUACUUAAGGUUAGAGCUCAGAUUAAAGCAAUUUUAGUUAAUCUAGCUAAAAAAAUAACAAUUCAAGCAACAAAGGCAGCAAUUAAAAGAUGCCUUAUUAAAAUUCAAAUUUUAUUAACAUUUAAAAUGGGAAAUUACUGAGCUAAAAUGAUAUCAUAAUUUCUUCUAAUGAAUAGAAUUUGCUAAAAGAUUUUCAUAACAGUAAUGUAAAUAUAAAUAUAAACAAUAAUUUUUUCCUUCAUCAUCCUCACUAAAUCUCAUCACAAAUAAAUUCACCUUUAGAUCCACAUUCUACUGCAAAUACUACUUUUAAUGCUAACAAUAUUUUUAAUAAUAAUUUGAUCUCUAACUCUGCAACUAACAACUCCUCUUCUAUAUCAAAUAAAGUAAAAGUACCUCCACUUAAAUCCAUUCCAAGCUACAAUGAGUAGCAGCAGCAAUAACAGAAAAAAGAAUAACAAUUUUAACCUUUACAAGAAAAUUUAAGCAUAUAACCAAGUUUUGUAAAAGAGUUAAGUAGUGAACAAAGCAAUAACGGGGCAAAUCAAGUCAAACAAAACAUAAAUACCUAGAAUAAUCAACAAAAUAUCCAUUAAUCUAAUCAUAAUUUAAUGAAUAACAGCAAUAAUUUAUCAAUAAGCAAUUCUUAAAUAUCUUAAGGAUCAAAUUAAAAUUAUUUAAACAAGUCUGGAUUCUUUAAAGAACACUAUCAGAAAUCAGCAAGUCAUCCUCUACCAAGUUUGAGUCCUUAAUAACCUAUUAUUGAUCCUAGACAUAAAUAGUUCAUAAAGAAUGUCAAUGAUAUGAGUACUGACUAACUUAAGGAAAAGAUUCUUGGACUUUAUCCUAAAUUUUUAGAGAUGAAAGAUACCCUAAAGGUCAUCAGAUAAGACUUAGAAGAAAAUAAUAACAAUGACGAUGAGUUAAAUAAAGUAGGCAAUCACAAAGACUCAAUUAUCAAUGAUAAAAAUAUCCCUUCAUUCGCAGGUCGAGUGUAAAGAUUUAGCUCAAACAAAAACAGCUCCCCUUAAUAGAACAUAACCCAAACUAACAUAUUCAUAAGAUAAAAUAGCUCAACAAACUAAAUAAAUCCUCAAAUAAAUAUGGUAAAUUAAGAUGAUCAAUUUAGAACGAUGAGAAUAUCUACAGCUAUUAAUGUGCCAAAUAAGAAAUCUUAAAGAAAUCUUUCUUCUUAAAAAAACACAACUAUGGUUUUUUUUGGGCAUUAGAACUGGAACUUGGUAUUAAACAUGAUGAUGGGAGUGUAAAUGGCUGUUAGGAGUGUUAGCAGUUAUGGAGAAGAAAUCAUCAAGCUAGAGUCAGAAGACUUCAAAUUAAAAUAUUAUUUUGAGCUCCUACCUAGAAGGAGAGUGGGAGAGUAGUCCACAUUUAAAAUCUGUAAAUUUUCAGAUUACGCUCCUUAGGUAUUUAGAAAUAUUAGACUCAAAUACAAUAUCAGCAGUGAAAACUACCUGAAAAGCAUAGGGCCUGAAAAAUUAUUUAGUAGUAUAAUCAGAGGUGACUUGACAACUUUAAGUGAAUUAACAUCUACAGGUAAAAGUGGAUCUUUCUUUUAUUAUACUGUAGACAGCAAAUUUACUCUAAAGACAAUUCACAAAUCAGAGUUUGCGUUCCUGAAAAAGAUUCUACCAAACUACUACUAGCAUUUAUUAGACAAUCCAAAUACGCUUAUUAUCAGAGUAUAUGGGUUACAUAAAAUAAAAUAUAAAAUUGGUCACACAAUGAAAUACAUAUACUUUAUCAUUAUGAGCAAUGUUUUCUAUACACGUAAAGAAAUUCAUGAGAGAUUUGAUCUAAAAGGAUCUCUUUAUAAAAGAUACUCAGAUAACCCGGAUCCAUCUGUUGCAAAGAAAGAUUUAAAUUUUUUAAAUUAGAAGAUGAAAGUCUAAGUAAGGCCUGAGCAGUACCACACUUUUAUGGAAGUAGUGAAAAAGGACUGCCAUUUUUUUGAAUAAAACGAAGUAAUAGACUAUAGUAUGCUUUUAGGAUUACACAAUUCAAGAAGAGAAAAAAGAACAACUGAUACAGAUAUCUUGUUAAGUGCUUAAGAUAACUUUAUAGAAUAAGAGGAAGAAAGCAUUUGUCUUAUGAAAAGCAGGAGUCAUGAAAUAACUUAUCAUUUCGGUAUCAUUGACAUUCUUACAUGCUUCAAUUCUAAGAAAAAAAUAGAAUUCUUAGCAAAGCGUAUCGCAUUAGGACCAGAUAUAAGUACUAUCCCUCCAUAGCAGUAUGCUGCUAGAUUUAUCUAAUUUAUAGAGAAUAUGUUUGAUGAUGGCUCUAAGAAAACUGGUAUUUACAACUAAAGCUAAUAAAGUAAUACUAAUAACAAUAAUAAUAUAAAUAGUAACAAUAAUAAUAUAAAUAGUAACAAUAAUAUAAUUAACAUAAAUAAUUAAUAAAAUAUUUAAAAUAAUAUUAAUAAUAAUAAUCUUUGA